AUGGGGAACAAGAAAUCCGGCAGUCAGGCCGCGGUGAAGAAGGAGGAGCAGAAGCUACGGGAGACCUUUGGUUUUGAGUAUCAUGGUAGUUGGGAGUCUUGGGACCCUACUCGGCCUUCUGUUGCUGAGUUGACCGACAACCAAAUCCUCUGCCAUCUCAUCCGCAUCCUUCAUGAUGUCACGAGCGUGCCUCCUAUCUUCCCCGAGUUCAGCAGGGCAAACCCGCCAUCAGCUGAGCUUGGAGUUAACUUUUUUGACUCAAUGACCCUGGCUCCUCCUCCUGAUGCUGUGGCAGGGCCACAAUCAGCGAGGAGGCCAGAUCUAGUCGUCCCCAGCCCGCCAAAGUCCAUCUCCCUUGGGGUUGGCUCUUCAACAACAGAGUCCGACCUCGCUAGUGGACAAGAAGGAGAAGCCACGCAGGAGGAGUCCAGCAAGACUGUGCCGACUACCGCUACUACUGAGGCUGCUCCCCUAGUAGCGCAAGAAGUCAGCGCUACUAGAGUAGUCGCUGAAGUGGCCCUAGCCCCGCUGCCUCCGCCGAGUACAACACUGGGCAGCCCGAGCAAGAAGGCAGUGGAAGAUCCCAUCCUCUCGCCUCUUGCCGGACAAGAAGCCCUGGUGACGACUACUAGUGGCUCUACUAGCGAGGACCAACUAGCGUUGGCAGUGUCGACGAGUGCCCGACCCCCGGUGGUGAUUGCAUCCACCGCUGGCCCUUCCGUGGAAGCCAAAGUCCCUGCGGAAAUUGGUGGCCACACAGUCAAUAAGAGCCCCCUGGAGCCAUCUGAUGCCGAGCUGGAACAAGACCUAGCCCAUACCAUUGGGUUAUGGAUGGAGGCAUGCAAGAAGCACAGUGGUUUUGACUCUGCCUUCAAGGCGGCUCAACCAGAACUGAUUACCCAGCUGAAUGAGCUGCGGACCAAGCAAGAAGAGUGUGAACGGGUAUGGAGUGACAACGACCACUGCAAAGAUCGAGCCAUUACUACCCUCCGCACCGAGGUUGACGACCUGAAGGCAGAGAGGCAGAGUUUGCUGGAUGGAGCAGAGGUAGCGAAGUGCAUCAAAACGCUCGACACCAAGUUCUAG